GGGACUCGCCCAAUAGCGGGAGAGGAUCAGAGGACACACCGCCGCGCCGUGCCACUGCCAAUACCAACCAGAGUCGAGGCGCUGCUUUUUGUCUCACUCUCGAGCGAGAGAAGAGAGGAGUGAAUAAGGGCGAAACCCGAAAUCCUCUUAUCCUCUCGACUCCAUCGAAUUCAAAGUGAGAGCAAUGGGGUGCGCGUGGGCUUUGCUAUAUGGUGGUAUGGUAUAAACUAAAGUCAUGCAAACUGGAUAGCCAGAAAGCAAGAGGAGACACCAACCCCUCCAAGGACUCCAAUCGCUUUGUUCGCUCAGUUUUAUGGAAUUUUGAUCCCUGAUUCGCGUAUGCAAUAUAUCCAUACCGAAUCUCUCUAUCGUGUCUCUUGUUUUGUAUUUAUUACUUGAAUGCCACUUCUGCAUCUGUCUCUCUCUCUCUCUCUCUCUCUCUCUCUCUCCGCUUCCGUUCUGUUUUCGUCAAUUUUGUUACUUGUAUUCCUUCUCUCUUUGCUUCCUGAAAUCCCUUCUCUGUCUAAAAAUAUACUGGUUAGAUAAAGGGUUAUUUUUUUCCCGAGCAUUAUGAGCGAACCAGAAGAAAGGUUUUCAGGCAUGGACUCGGUGUUAUCAGGCACGUUUUAAGAGCAUACUUAUCUAUAUCAGCUACAUUCGGAGUGGAAAUUCAAAGAGAUGUUUUUAUCAGUGGCUGUAAUUGAAGCAUUCUUGUUUGUCAGAGAUUUGGGUUGUGCACUUGAUCCUGCAAAAUAUAGCCAGCUAAGCUUGGGAGAGAAAAGAGCACUAGUCCGCGAGAUUGCCCGAUGGUCAAAAGAUGCCCCAGAGAUUCUUCGUUCUUUUACACGUCCAGAGCUUCUCGAAAUCAUCUGUGCUGAAAUGGGCAAAGAGAGAAAGUACACGGGAUAUACAAAAUCUCAAAUGAUAGAACACCUUCUAAAGUUAGUUUCUCAGAAUUUUGAGGGGCGAAAUUCAUUUGCCUUUUCUCCUGCUCGUAUUGGAUUAAAAAGGAAAAGGAAUGUAGUCCCUCCUUCUCAACUAUUGACUGACCUAAAUCAUGCUCCUCCAGAAAACAAUGAAGAAGAACAUGUGAAAAUUCUGCUCUGUCAGAAUGUUGCUUGCAGGGCUUCUUUAACUCCAGAGGAUGCCUUUUGCAAGAGAUGUUCUUGCUGUAUCUGUCAUUAUUAUGAUGAUAACAAGGAUCCUAGUCUGUGGUUGACCUGUGAGAAUGACCUCUGUGGAUUGUCUUGCCAUCUUGAAUGUGCGUUGAAGCAUGAAAGAGCUGGUAUUUUGAAGAAUAAGUGUUGUAAAAAGUUGGAUGGAAGCUUCUAUUGUGUAUCAUGUGGAAAAAUCCAUGGGCUAAUGAGAACCUGGAGGAAACAAUUGCUGGUUGCCAAGGAGGCUAGAAGAGUGGAUGUACUAUGUCUACGGUUAUCUUUGGCUCAAAAGAUUCUCUUGGGAACAGCACUAUACAAAGAAGCGCAUAGGACAGUGGAUUCUGCGGUGAAAAUACUGAAAGAUGAAGUGGGGCCUCUAGAUCAGGUAUGCAAAAGUAUGGCACGCUGCAUCGUCAACAGACUCCCUUGUGGUGCUGAGGUCCAGAAGUUAUGUGCUUCUGCUGUGGCAUCUUUUGAUUCAAUGUUUUGCCUGGAUUAUAUGGAAGAGAAAUAUCCAUUUGCAGCUUGUCGGAUCCUGUUUGAAGAGUCCACCCCUACCUCGGUGAUCAUUGUGCUAGAAUAUGAAGAUCAUCUGUUAAAAGAAUACCUAGGCUGCAGACUCUGGCAUCGCAAGUCUGUUGUGAAGGAUUAUCCAGAGCAACCAACUUUCAUUGUAUUUAGGCCAGAGAAGAGAUUCAAGAUAAGCCACCUGCACCCUUCUACUGAGUAUUCCUGCAAGGUUUCUUUGUUUAGCAGCACAGGGGUAUUGGGUGUUUUGGAAGCUAAAUGGGAGACACCCGCAUCAGAUAGAAGCUGUUUUACAGCUUUAAAACAUGGAAAGGCAGAACAUACAAUUAUAGCGCAAGAUCAUCUUCAGGUGGAGUCAACCAAGUUUGGUAACAUUAAAUUAGCACCUCCUGCAAAGCUUCAACCGUUGGUCGACAUCAGCAAGAGCAAGAGUGAAAGGUUUUGCUCGCCGUCUCUUUUCAUUGAAACUGUUUCUCCUUCCACUCCUUGUAAGUGCAGUGGAAUGCGAGCAGUUCCAGAUAUGGGUUGUAAAAAGCGCGUAGAGGAAAGUGAUUAUGAGCAUUCCGUGCAAGUGGUCAAAUGGUUAGAGCAUGAAGGGCACCUGGAUGAAGAUUUUAGAGUAAAAUUUCUCACGUGGUUCAGCCUCAAAGCCACAGAGCAAGAGAGAAGGGUGGUUAAUGUCUUUGUGGCUACUUUGCUUGACGACCCUCCUAGUUUAGCCGGACAGCUUAUGGAUACCUUCAUGGACAAGAUAUGCUGUGAACAAAAACCAGUUAAUUCUAGGCAUGGCUUUUGCUUUAGCUUGUGGCAUUAAUUCUGAAUAGUUAUUUUAUUUUGCAUUAAUAUUUUAGAGAGUAACCAAAGACAUGUAGGCUUUUUUGCUGGCAAAACAGACAAAUAUAUUUGGCUACUUCAAGCCAGAAAAAUGUGAAGCUCCUUGAUUUUUCUCUCUCA